AUGCUGCCACGAGGGGAAGGUUACGCUAGAGCAAGAAAGAUUCCACAUAAGCUUUUCGGUCAAACACACAAAGUGGUAAGGAGUCUGUUGAAUGAGUUGCCCCAUGAAGGGAGACCGAUGGCCAACCAAGCCGAUGCUCUCACUGAUCUAUCCAUACGCAUGGGAAAUUGUUCCAUCGCCCUUUCGCAAAUGGACUACGAAACGGAACUGAAUUCCCUGGUCACAUUAGAACGUAUCGUCAAGUCCUUACCAAAGAAUUUACAGUACAAAUGGGCAGAGUUCGGAGACAGGACAAUGGGUGACGACAGAGCCCCAACAUUUGCUGAUUUACAAGCUUUCAUCGAAACUCGAGCGAGGUUGCACGAAGUCAUUUUGGUCGCAUUACAGAAGAACGAGAAAGGGCUGAGCGCGGGCUGGAACGGACCCCUGAGUUCAGGGUAA